AUUGCAGAAAUGUGGAUUCGUCACAUUUCAUGGGUGCAAAAGAACGCAUUUUUUGCAUAAUGACGAAAAUACCCCCCCGUGAGAAACAUGAGUGACUAUUCUAUCCUUAUGUGACCUAAUCAGCCCUAAUCUUUCGUCAAAUGCCAAAGGAGUUCUUUCUCCCUAACUUUCCCUUUCUCUCCCUUGCAGAGGGAUCAUCUCCUUCCUUGCUCGUCUUCUCCCCCUAUCUUCACAUGGUGAAAUUCUCUCUGUUUUCCUGCAAUCACAGAUAUCCAUGGUUUUCCACACUUAAACCUCUAUUUACUUGACUUUGUUUCGCUCAAUUUGUGUGCAAGGCGAGCUGUUUUGAGCCUUUAUGCUGAUCUUCAGGUGGGUUCGUGAGAAAAAUGAGACGAUUCGAACUCUCUAGCUCUGAAUUUAAUUUCCUUAUACUUGGUUUGUCCCUAUUAUGGUUCCUUGCAAAUUCUGUUUGAGAGGUGUGGAUUAGAGAAGUUUAUAAAUAUUGGACCAGUGUAUUAGUAUUCAAGUUCUGCAUAAUGGAGGAAAAGGACGAAACUGUUGAUCCGAGGGAUUGUCAGUUGGGCUAUUGUAUUCCUCAGCAUGUGGAUAACUACAAUUUUGUCGUUGGUCAGGAGUUUUCAGAUGUCAAGACUUUCAGGAAGACAAUUAAGGAAGCAGCGAUCGCACAACAUUUUGAGCUUCGAAUAAUAAAGAGUGACCUGAUUCGUUAUUUUGCAAAGUGUGCCACAGAAGACUGUCCAUGGCGUAUUCGUGCAGUGAAGCUUCCUAAUGUCUCAACUUUCGCUAUAAGGAGCCUUGAAGGGACACAUACAUGUGGAAAAAAUGCACAACAUGGCCAUCACCAGGCCUCUGUGGAUUGGAUUGUGAAUUUUAUUGAGGAACGACUGCGAGACAAUAUGAAUUACAAGCCCAAAGAUAUUUUGCAGGAUAUCCAUAGACAAUAUGGGAUAACCAUCCCAUACAAGCAAGCAUGGAGGGCCAAGGAGCGGGGGUUGGCUGCAAUUUAUGGUUCUUCUGAGGAAGGAUAUUGCCUCCUUCCUGCAUACUGUGAACAAAUAAAGAAGACAAAUCCUGGAAGUGUAGCACAGGUUUUCACCACUGGGGCUGAUAACAGGUUUCAGAGGCUUUUUAUUUCCUUCUAUGCAUCCAUAUAUGGGUUUGUGAAUGGCUGUCUUCCCCUUAUUGGGAUUGGUGGCAUCCAGCUGAAAAGCAAGUACCUUGGUACCUUAUUGUCAGCGACCUCUUUUGAUGCUGAUGGUGGGUUAUUUCCACUUGCUUUUGGUGUUGUUGAUGUAGAAAAUGAUGAGAGCUGGAUGUGGUUUUUAUCAGAGCUUCAUAAGCUGUUAGAGAUGAACACUGAGAGUAUACCACAGCUGACAUUCCUGUCAGAUGGGCAGAAAGGCAUUGUUGAUGCAGUAAAAAGGAAAUUCCCUAGCGCAUCUCAUGGAUUUUGCAUGCGUCACUUAAGUGAAAGCAUUGGUAAAGAGUUUAAGAACUCAAGGCUUGUCCAUCUUCUCUGGAAGGCUGCCUAUUCCAUUACCACCAUUGGCUUUAAAGAGAGAAUGGCAGAGAUUGAAGAGGUUUCUCCAGAAGCAGCUAAGUGGAUCCAACAAAUUCCACCAUCCCGUUGGGCUGUAGCAUAUUUUACAGGAAAACGAUAUGGACAUCUCUCUUCAAAUAUUGAGGAAUUCAAUAGAUGGAUUCUUGAAGCUUGUGAACUACCCAUAAUUCAGGUGAUUGAGCGGAUUCACAGCAAAUUAAUGGCCGAGUUCAUUGAAAGGCAUGCAAAGGGCUCAGAUUGGAUGUCAAUACUUGCCCCAUCUGCUGAUCAAAUACUUGUCCCAUCUGCUGAUCAAAUGCUUGCCCCAUCUGCUGAGCAGCGGAUAACUGAAGCAAUGAACCAUGCUUCUGGCUACCAAGUCCUUCGAUCAGAUGAAGUAGAAUUUGAGGUGAUUUCUGCUGAAAGGUCAGACAUUGUGAAUAUUGGAACUCGUUGUUGUUCGUGUCGUGACUGGCAGCUCUGUGGCCUACCUUGUUCCCAUGCUGUUGCUGCAAUCAUUUCUUGUAGAAAACGUAUCCAUGAGUUUUGUGAGAAGUGCUUUACCGUGGCUAAUUACUGUGAGACAUACUCACAAGCAAUAAAUCCUGUCCCCGAUAAAAGUGAAUGGAGCAAGGCAAGUGAGGUUCCUGUGGAAGAGGACAGUAGAGUGGUGACACCACCCAAGUUUCGUCGUCCACCAGGACGCCCUGAAAAGAAGAGGCUUUGUGUAGAGGACCUUAAUCGGGAGAAGCAUACUGUGCAUUGUAGUCGCUGUAACCAAACUGGACACUAUAAAACAACGUGCAAGGCUGCAGAGGUUAUAGAGAGUAGAAUAUCCUAAGUAUGGAGAUCUUCCAAGUUAGUAGUGGUUCUUAUGUUUUUUUUUUUCACAGGGUAGCACAGAUGUCAAGGGCAUUCAUAUGUAACUUUAAAAUGGGAAAUCCCACUGUAUUCUAAUCUUUAGAAUAUCUGGAAUGAAUUUGGGUGUUCAAGCUUUUUGUAGGACUGUAUUGACAUGUUUAUGAAAAGAAGAAAAAGAACUUCAUCACUGUUACUGCCAA